CCGGCGGGACAGAGACCCGGGACACCGGGGGGACAGGGAACCGGGACACCGGGGGACCAGGCAGGAGAGAGAACCGGGACACCGGGGGGACAGGCGGGAGAGAGAACCGGGACACCGGGGGGACAGGCGGGAGCGGGAGCCGGGACAGCGGGAUCCCAGGAUGAUCACGGACGUGCAGCUCGCCAUCUUCGCCAACAUGCUGGGCGUCUCGCUCUUCCUCCUCGUCGUGCUCUACCACUACGUGGCCGUCAACAACCCCAAGAAGCAGGAGUGAGCGCGGGACCCCGGUGGAGCCCCGGUGGAGCCCGCCCCGCGAUGCCAGCGCAGCGCCGCCGCUCCCGCCGCCCCGCGAUGCCCCGGGAAGCGCGAGGCCGAGCUUCUUCCAAACCGGCUUUAACGGAAACACGAUGAUACGUGACAAAA